CCAGUAUGCAUUGAAAUGGGCCAUUGAUAAAUUCUCUCUGGGCAAGGGUAAAAGUGUCACUCUUCUCCAUGUCAACCACAAACCCUCUUCACAAGACUCAUCAGACGGGCACAGGUUUCAAUCGGUUGAUAGCCAAACCAGCAAGGAAUUAUUUCUCCCUUUCCGAUGCUUCUGCAAUCGAAAGAACAUAAACGUUAAUGAGGUUGUCAUAGAAGGGGCUGACAUAUCAAAAGCUCUAUGCGACUACGUUCAUGCCAAUGCAAUUGACAACAUAGUUCUUGGUGCCCCAUCAAAGAACAGCUUUGUCAGGCAUGCCAAUCUUUCUCCUUCUGUUUUCUAAUUAGAGUAUACCGAGUACAUUUAAUUUGAUUUAAAAAAACUGUCAUUUGUAACAAAAUUUCAUAACAAAAUUGUGCAAAGAAGAUUCAAGACACCAGACAUACCAAGUAGUGUGAGCAAAAACGCACCCGAGUUCUGCAACGUCUAUGUUGUAGCAAAGGGUAAAGUUUCUUCCUCAAGGGCUGCUACAAUCUCUACCCCGACAGUAUCGGCUCGCAGCACUACAAGUUCUGGCUUUUCUGACCCGCGCCUCAUGCACAGUAACGAAAGCCUAGGUACGUGCUAACCUGUCUGUCAAUUACAAAGAUUCCAAAAAAAAUGUACAAAAAUUCUCAUGAAGUUCAUCACCAUUUGUAGGGAAUGCAUCAGAUAGGUCAUCACCGUUUUCACAUAGAAGCACAGAAGAUAAUGAUUUCAUCAAGUGAGCUUCUUUUUUUAUACUCCGUAGUAAAUACUAAACUUAUAUUGACAGUUGAAGGCAUGAGGUUUGAAUAGUUCAUCUUACCAUGAAUCCAUGACCAAAAUUUACACAGAUCACCAUUUUCAAGAGGAGGGUAUUCAAACAGAUCAUAUGGAGAGCUUUCAGUCCCGGACUCUAUAGACAUAUCAUUCGUCAGCUCUGGAAGGCAAAGCACAGAGCGCGCGUUCCCAAUGUUCAUGGACAGCCCAGAACCUGGCAGUUAUCUCCAACGCCUCUCCAAUGGCUCUGACUCCGACAACAGGUUGAGUUUUGGGUCAGCAUUCUCUGGGUCUAGGCUCUCUGACAUGAACAAUAAUCCUUCUACCAUUUUGUCAUCUCUCUCCCAAGAGAGUGGAGGUUCUUGGUCUUCAUCAUCCCAAAGCAUGGACGAUGUGGAGGCUGAAAUGAGGAGACUGAAGCAGGAGCUGAAGCAGACAAUGGACAUGUACAGCACUGCGUGUAAGGAAGCACUUUCUGCAAAACAGAAGGCUCUAGAACUUCAUCGCUGGAAGAUGGAGGAGCAGCAGAGGCUAGAAGAGGCUCGAUUGUCUGAGGAAACGGCCUUGGCCAUAGCCGAGAAGGAGAAAGCCAAAUGCAGGGCGGCGCUGGAAGCGGCUGAGGCGGCUCAGAGGCUGGCCGAGUUGGAGGCGCAGAAGAGGAUAAACGCGGAGAUGAAAGCUCUCCGGGAAGCCGAAGAGAAGAAGAAGGUUCUAGACAAGAUCACCAACAACGAAUGCCGUUACCGCAAGUAUCCAAUUGAGGUCAUCGAAUCCGCAACAGAAAAUUUCUCCGCCUCGCGGAAAAUCGGGGAAGGCGGUUACGGCCCUGUGUACCGAGCCCUAAUUGACCACACGGAAGUCGCGAUUAAGGUCCUCCGGCCGGACGCCGCCCAGGGGAGGUCGCAAUUCCAACAAGAGGUUGAAGUUCUGAGCUGUAUCCGACACCCGAACAUGGUUCUCCUGCUCGGAGCUUGCCCGGAGUACGGCUGUUUGGUGUACGAAUACAUGGCGAACGGGAGCUUAGAGGACCGUCUCUUCACGCGCGGUAACACUCCCGUUCUUCCUUGGCAAGUCAGGUUCCGGAUCGCCGCGGAGAUCGGCACCGGACUUCUGUUCCUCCACCAGACCAAGCCGGAGCCGCUGGUCCACCGCGACCUGAAACCGGCGAACAUUUUGCUCGACCGGAACUACGUGAGCAAAAUCAGCGACGUCGGGUUAGCCAGGCUGGUGCCUCCGAACGUGGCCGACACGGUGACGCAAUACCGGAUGACGUCGGCGGCCGGAACCUUCUGCUACAUAGAUCCGGAGUACCAGCAGACGGGGAUGCUGGGGAUAAAAUCCGACGUCUACUCGCUGGGAAUAAUGCUGCUCCAGAUAAUCACGGCGAAGCCUCCGAUGGGGUUGACUCAUAACGUGGAAAGGGCAAUCGAGAAGGGGACGUUUGCGGAGAUGCUCGAUCCGGCGGUGCCGAACUGGCCGGUGGAGGAGGCGCUGAGGUUCGCCAAGUUGGCUCUCAGAUGUGCGGAGCUCAGGCGGAAAGACCGGCCGGAUCUCGGGACGGAGGUGUUGCCGGAGCUCAACAGACUGAGAGCGCUGUCUGAAGAGACGAUGCCGUCUAUACCAAAUUGCUCGCCGAGUUGUAGUAAUCAAACCCGGUCCGGGUUUAUGGAAAGAUGAUCAAUGGUCAAUUAAGGGCUUAUGAAGGUCAAAGCAAAAACUAUACUCUUUGAUGAACUCAUGUUAUCCCAAGGUUUUCCCAAUUAUCUUUUUUUUUUUCUCCCUUUUUCUCUUAUAAAGUUGCACAACAAUUUUCAUUCUUUAAAGUUUUAUAUAAAAGCUUUGAUGAAUUCUAUGGGCUUGUCACAAUUAUUUCUUUAUUUUUAAAUAACUUUUUACAUUUUUA